GCGGCCUCCCAGGGGCGGUCCCCGCCGCCGGAAGCAGGAAGCGACGCCGGCUCUGGUAGAGACGCCGGGGCAGCGGAGCGAGCCAGAUCUCAAGUAAUGCCCAACAUGCCUCACCGGACCAUUCAUCUCUUCCGGAAGGGACUUCGGCUCCAUGACAACCCAACUCUGCUGGCUGCACUGGAGUCCUCAGAGGUUGUGUAUCCAGUCUACAUUCUGGAUAGAAAGUUCCUGAUGUCUGCAAUGAAUAUGGGAACUCUACGCUGGCACUUCCUGCUGCAGUCCCUCGAGGAUCUGCAGAGGAACCUAACUAAACUGGGCUCUUGCUUACUGGUAAUUCAAGGAGAGUAUGAGUUGGUUCUUCGAGACCAUAUUAAAAAGUGGAACAUUACCCAGGUGACUCUAGAUGCUGAGAUUGAACCAUUUUACAAAGAGAUGGAGAGGACCAUACAAGUUCUGGGGAGAGAGAUGGGAUUUGAUGUGCUUUCUUUCAGGGGCCACACGCUUUAUGACAUCAGACGGAUUUUGGACAUGAAUGGUGGGACUCCCCCCUUGACGUACAAAAGAUUUCUUCAUAUCCUCUCUGUGCUCGGGGACCCUGACAUGCCUGUACGAAACCUUACAACUGAGGAUUUCCAGAGAUGUAAGCCUGCCCCUGAGCUGCACCUGGCUGAAUGUUACAGGGUGCCCCUCCCCGAGGAUUUGGAAAUCCCCCGAGACAGCGAGUCCCCGUGGAGAGGGGGAGAAACUGAAGGGCUGCAGCGACUAGAGCAACACUUGAAAAAUCAGGGCUGGAUAGCAAAUUUUACUAAACCAAAAACAAUUCCAAAUUCUCUGCUUCCGAGUACUACAGGACUGAGUCCCUAUUUCAGCUUGGGUUGUUUGUCAGUUCGGAGUUUUUUUUAUAGACUAUCAAACAUUUAUGCUCAGUCAAAAAACCACUCUCUGCCACCUGUGUCACUUCAAGGACAGCUUCUGUGGAGAGAAUUCUUCUAUACAGUGGCAUCAGCAACACCAAACUUUACCAAAAUGGCGGGGAACCCCAUUUGCCUUCAGAUCAACUGGUACCAAGAUGCAGAGAGACUCCACAAGUGGAGAAUGGCUCAGACAGGGUUUCCAUGGAUUGAUGCUAUCAUGACUCAGCUUCAUCAGGAAGGUUGGAUUCACCACCUUGCUCGACAUGCUGUUGCCUGCUUCCUAACUCGAGGAGACCUCUGGAUCAGCUGGGAAGAGGGCAUGAAGGUGUUUGAAGAGAUGCUGUUAGAUGCAGAUUACAGCAUCAAUGCAGGAAACUGGAUGUGGCUGUCAGCCAGCGCUUUCUUCCAUCAGUACACACGCAUUUUCUGCCCGGUGCGCUUUGGCAAACGCACAGAUCCAGAAGGGCAAUAUAUCCGAAAAUACCUCCCAGUGCUAACGAAUUUUCCUUCCAAGUACAUCUACGAACCUUGGACAGCACCAGAAGAGGCACAGAAGCAGGCAGGAUGUAUUAUAGGUCAAGAUUAUCCACUCCCUAUGCUAAACCACAAGGAAGCCAGUGACCAUAAUCUGCAACUCAUGAAACAGGUCAGAGAAGAACAGUAUGGAACAGCACAGCUCACAAGAGAUGACAUGGAUGAUCCAAUGGAAAUGGGGCUAAAGCGUGAACGCUCUGAAGAAAAUUCAAAGAAAGGAAAACAUGCCAGGAACAGAGAACAGACAUAGAUUCUAAGGACUUAACCAAGAUCAGCAGAAUGGCAAAGAGAAGAUCCAGAUUCUUGUUGGGGGAAUCAUGUGAACAGUUAGUGAUUGUACUGGAUGAAUGGCUUGUACUAUAUUUAAGUGCAUUUGGGAACAUUUAGUGUGCACUGGCAGGUAAUACACAGACCAACUAAUGUGCAAUUCAGUGCACUUUAAAAAUCACGCCCUACCCUCCCCUGCACGUUUAUAUUACUGCUCUGUGUAGACCAACCCUAAAACUGCACUUGGUUGUGUGUGGCAACCCUACCUGUGGGCUCACAGUGCUCAAUUCAGCAACGUGUACUAAUGUCCGUGUGGAAAUGUUAAGGUCGCAUGCAGUCCCAUUGGUUUCCAUAUGACUACCCAUGUACUUAAAGUUAGACAUGUGCUCAAUACCUUGUGAAACUGGGGCUGCAACCCAAUUUUCGAUAGCAGCACCAUAUGCCAUCAGUAAGUUCCUGAAAAAAAUACGAGACUUUUUUGUUAAUUGAAUGCAAGCAAAAAGUCAGUUUAAAUUGAAAUGUUUGUGAAAUUUCAAAGAGAAGUAGAGUAGCCCAUUGUCUGGUUGGAGGUUUUAUUUGGGGAGGGGGUUGGUGGUUUUGUUUUAAAUAGAUUUUUGUUGUUGUUAUUGUUGAAGUUUCUGACUUAUGCAAAGUAGAGUCCACAGAACAAUCCACCAUCAUGCAUGGUGUCCUCCUGUGUCUCUGGGACAACUCCUUGAGGGACUGGUGGGAAGGGCAACUCCAGUGCAAUCUGGCAUCUCCAAGUUCCUUCAUCCCAAAGAGCCCAUGAACCUAGUACGGAAAUGGCACGAAUCAUGACAAUCAACAGGCCAUGGAGAGAGGUCAGACAUUUCUAGUGAUAAUGCUGGAUCAUUCAGUGGCCUUUGACAAUGCUCAUGACAAGGCGUUGCUAGUACAUCUGCAGGACCUGGCAGGAAUUAAUAAAAUCACAGAGCUUCACAGGCCUGAAGGGGAUCAGUCCUGUCACCUCUGCUGUACAAAGUCUACAUGAAGCUGCUGCGGGAAGAGAUGGCACGCGGAUGAUAUUCAGCUCUACAGUUCUUCGUCAGACAUAGUAGUUACUAGGGGACCUGGACGAAAGCCAGUUCUCUAAAACUUAUGUGGGAGAAGAUGGAGAUGCUGCUUAUGGAGCAAGGGAUAGCUCAGUGGUUUGAGUAUUGGCCUGCUAAAUCCAGGGCUAUGAGUUCA